CAUCCGGCCAGCUGGUAUGUGGUCGCUGUGCGCUGUGUUUUUGAAUAGACAGCUCAGCUGAUUUAAAACGGGAUGGAAGAGGAGGCAGACACCGGUGUUCCCUCGCGGGUCGAGAGGAAGGCUUUGCAAAAGGCAAAAAUACUUCAAAGAGAAACUGAAAGGAAGAUUUUCAGACUGGUGGGAAAAGUCCUGAAGAAACCUGAGAGUGGGCGGUCCGAGGAAGAGGCUGCUGUGUUACUGCUACACAGAGGAACUGUAGAGGAGCUCUGCAAGAGACAAGUCCGCAGAAAUGUGCUGAAGAGGAAACAGGAGGAGGUGUUUGAUGAGGCUGAUGAGCUGAGGAGUAAAGUGAGACGGCUCGCUGUGGCAGUGAAGCAAGCAAAGCACCUGGUGGUAUACACUGGAGCCGGCAUCAGUACGGCCGCUUCGAUCCCAGACUACAGGGGGCCUAAUGGAGUGUGGACACUGCUGCAGAAAGGACGGUCAAUCAGUUCGUCUGACCUGAGUAAAGCUGAGCCGACCCUCACACACAUGUGCGUUAGGAUGCUACAUAAGGAAAAGCUGUUACAGCAUGUUGUUUCUCAAAACUGUGACGGGCUUCAUUUGCGUAGCGGGCUACCCAGACAUGCCCUGUCUGAGCUUCAUGGAAACAUGUUUAUUGAGGUGUGUACAUCCUGUAGCCCAGUCAAGGAGUAUGUGCGUUUAUUUGACGUGACGGAGCGAACAUCGCUGCACCGCCACAUGACAGGCCGCAGGUGCAGCCACUGUGGAAGUGAACUCAGGGACACCAUAGUGCAUUUUGGGGAGCGAGGAACCCUGGAGCAGCCUCUCAACUGGAAGGGAGCAGCAGAGGCUGCAGAGACGGCCGAUGUUAUCCUCUGCUUAGGCACCAGUCUGAAGGUGCUGAAGAAAUACGCUUGUCUGUGGUGCAUGAACAAACCAGCAAGCAAAAGGCCAAAACUAUACAUUGUCAACCUCCAGUGGACACCAAAAGAUGAUCUUGCUGCACUGAAAAUUAAUGGCAAGUGUGAUGAUGUCAUGAGGCUCCUGAUGGAUGAACUGAACAUCCAGGUGCCAGGGUACGACAGGGCGAAGGACCCCGUCUUCAGUCUAGCUGUACCUCUGCGGCAGGAAGAGGUGGACAGCCAUACUCGUGAGGUCAUCGCUCGUCUUGAUGUGCAGGAGGACUGCGUACCUGACUCUGGAGAACAGGCAGAAGAAGCCACAGCUGUUCAGGGCGGCUGGUUCGGUCGAGGCUAUGGCAAGGGAAGGAGGAAGAAGAAGAAGAAAAAAGAUGGAUGAUCAAGCAGUCUUUUAAAGAAGCAUACGAUGUAGUGAAGUAUGCCAAGUGAUCAAUCCCAAAGAGGGAUUACGUUUCAUACCCAUACUGAGGAGAAGUUGGUCUAGUUCAGUCCUUUUUGCUGAGUUGGUUUCUAGCCACAGGCGAUGUGUGUGUGUGCGUCAAGGGAAACUUAAGAUUGAGUAUUUGCCAUUCGAAAAUGGCACUUUGCACCAUACAUUUAUUAUUUUAUACCAAAUACAGAGUAAAAGUAGCUUGAGUUUAUGCAACAUAAUGUAGAUUUGGUAUUUUGGCCAUUUGGAGUGCAAUGCAACAAGUGUGACAGUUGUGAGAUUUUAAUGAAAAUAUAAAAAAGGUCCAAAGAGAGUUUUGAAACCACUACUGCAGCAUUAGGAAUUAUGUGUACGAGUAUGUCAAACACUUUAAUGACAAUGUUUUCACAUCCUUUGAAGCCAACUGCUGUAGGGCUGAACGAUUAAUUGAUUUUAAAUCAAAAUUGCGAUUUUAAAUUAUGCAAUUAUCAAAUUGCAAAGCCUGUGAUUUUUUUUAUUUAAAAAAAAAGAAAGUUGUUUACCAGUCAUUGUUAACCAAUCAGAAGUGGCCCAUGAUAGUAGGCCAAGUAUUUUUGAAAUACUUUUCCAAAUGGCUUCCAAUGGAGCUUUAGAUGGUUUGGUGAAACAAACCAUCUGAGUCAGGUUAGUAAUGCUCCAUCACAUGUUUUACAUCUAUUACAGGGUGAAUCUUAAACUGAAGCUUGACUUUAAAGCAACCCAACGGAAGUUUAGUUCUUUCACUCGUAGCUCGGGGUGCUAGAGACGAGAGCACGUUGAUACGACGUUCCUAGCCGGAGAUAUGGCCGCAUUUUACAAUAAACUUCCGUUGGGUCGCUUAAAAACAAAUAUCGCAAAUCGCAAUAUCUGUCGCAAUUCGAUUACUUCCCUAAACUGGUGGUGAAUUAUCCUGUUUUUUGUGCAGUAUCAUUCAUCAACCUUACUGUAAUAUGUGUUUACCAAGUUGUUUGGUUUGAGCACAAGCUAGACGUAAAUCAUGAGUAAAGGUACCUUUCAGUGUUUAUAAGUGGAAAAUUCCAAUACAACAUCAGUAGCGUUCAAAUGGCCAAUUAUUGAUUGCGGUGCUGCAACAGCUUUUACUGAGAAGAGAUUUAUAAGGUUUUCUACAUGUAUCACUUGAGUAAAAUAUAUUUUUUUCUAGUAUUUUUCAGAUGUUUAAAGUGCAUUGUUGAAUUUAUUUUUUGUAAUGAGUUUGUUUUAACGGUAUUUUUGUUAACUUAAACUAUUUCCUGUUCUAACAGUCACCUCUCAUUCUGCUGUCAUUCAUCCUCAGGUUUGCAGCUACUACUGCACCCGGUUGAAGAUGUAGAAAUUGCCUAUGUUUACAUUUUUAUGCAGACAAAAUGUUAGAUUUUUGUUAAAUGUAUACCUUUGAUUACCUGUUAGUUUGUAUCAUGUCAAGUUUUUGUUUACUUGAGUCAUUGUAAACAUCCAAAUAUGUAUCUCUAUUAAUUUGUCUCAGGGAGAUCCAGUAGUAAUUAUGUCAUCCUGUACAGUUUAGUGUCAGAGAUUAUUAAAGACUGGCCUUAACACAAUUGAUAAUGAUUGAUUAAUUAAUAUCUACACUUGGUCUUUAGAUCUGACUUGGCAGUACUGUAGCUUAUCCUUGACCUUUAUUAUCUUAUUUGUGCAAGUUGAUGAUUUUGCCUGUUUGUUUUUUGUAUUAACUUAUUUAAUAAAACAUUUUCUGUUUAUCCCUUAAAUGGAAAACCUAACU